AUGCAUUUGCUCGUGUUUUUACGGCAUCGUCUUGGUUGCUACUCAUUUUAUUUUGUAUUUAUUAAUACAGCUGUCGAACUUAUGCAAGAAAUAUCGGACUUUGCAACUUUUGAGAUAGCGAUCUCACGUUGCAUGCAAGUUUUUGAAGCGGGCGGCCUAGUCGUUGUGCCAACGGACACCUUAUAUGGUGUGGUCACAACGAUUGCGAAUUCCGAUAAGUUGUACAAGUUGAAACGCCGCAGCCGCUUGAAACCACUCGGUCUUUUUGUUAGCAACAUGCGCGAAAUUCAAAGAUGGUGCCAUCAAACAGUUGAAAAUAGUCAUUUGCGUAAGUUGUUGCCCGGGCCAGUAACGCUAGUAUUUGAACGUUCUUCACAGCUUCCGAAAGUGUUCAAUCCGGAUUAUACGACAGUUGGUGUGCGGAUUCCCGAUCACGAUUUUGUUCGUUCACUUAUGACUCGGUUGGAUGAUGUCCCGCUUGCACAGACCAGUGCUAACAUAUCUAGCGUCCCGAAAAGCCCACUCUCCAUUGAGGAUUUUAAAGAUUUAUGGCCAGAAUUGGAUUUGAUCAUCGAUGAUGGCUUUAUAACGCAUUCAGAUGGAAGUGUAUACCACGAAGGUAGCACGAUAAAGCACGUAGAUAUUCUGCUGGUGUUUUUGGUUCAUUACUGA